AUGGCGAGGAAAGAGACCGAGGUGACGCGCCGGGAGGAGGAGACGCGGAAGCUCCUCGCGGAGGUGGCCGCGAAGGACCGAAGCGCGCGAGAUCUCGAGGCGAGAGCCGCGGCGGAGAGGCACGACGCGGAGGCGAGCGCGCGGCGGGCGCGGCGAGAGCUCGACGACGCCGAGGCGACGCGGCGAAAGAACGAAGAGAAGGAAAACGCGUUGCGAUCGGAAGAAGAGCGGCUGAAGCGGAUGGAGGCGGACGCGCGCGACGCCGAGGAGGAGGCGACGAAAACGCGCGCGGAGGCGAAAGCCGCGCGGGAGUUCGCGAGAGAAGAAGCGCGCCUGAUCAAGGAGGAGGCGGAGCGGCGAGCGGCGGAGGCGGAGGCUGAGCUGACGCGGAGAGAGAAGGCGAGACUGCUUCCCAUACGAACCCGUUCGCGUGGUGAACGCCGAUCCUUAAGGACUUUCCCCGUCGCGUGGCGUCUACGAGAGAAGGAGGCGGCGGAGACGCUCGAGAGGAAAGAGGAGGAGGUCAAGGCGCGCGAGGACGCGGUGCGCGACGCGGAGUUGGCCGCGGAGCGCGCGGCGGCGCAGCGCGCGACGAUCGAGAAGCACGAGCGCGCGCUGCUCGCGGAGAUGGAAGGGAAGGAGAAAGCGCUGCGAGAGGAGGCGCGGCGGCAGAAGAUCGAGGUGCGUUCUCCUUCACACUGGUCCCCAUACGACCCCGUCCGCGUGGUGAACGCCGAUCCUUAA